AUGAAUCAAAACAAUAGAUUCCUAGUGUUUGCGCUUCUAGGUCUUACUUGCUUGAUUAGCUUCAUUCUUACUAGCUCUGUAGUUGAAGGUAGAAGAGCUGCAGUUGUGCGUAAAGUUGCAGCUGUCAAGAAGCAAUUGACCUACAAGAAAUGUGAAUCUGUUGGUGACCCUCAUUAUCUUUCUUUCACUGGUCAACGUUUCGAUCACAUGGGAUUAGGUGAUUAUGUUCUUGCUCAAUCAUCUGACAAUCAAUUCACAGUCCAUGUUAGAACUAGUAAGUGGGGAGGUGCUGCAGCUGUCAAUUCCAAUGUUGCUGUCAGAUUAGGUAAAGGCGAGGAUGAUACUUUCGAAUAUGAUGUCGAACAAGAUGUUUUUUACCUUUCUGGUGUUAAGGCAAGUUUGGGUGUCAAUCAAAAGGUUUCUCUUGGAACUGGUGAUGUUCAAAGAAUCAACACAAACACUGCUGUAGUUUCUGGCUCAAAUGGUAUCAAGAUGACCAUGUCUUGGUAUCGUCAUGCUGCUUGGAAGCAACAAUUGGGUUCUGUUGGUUAUAUUUCAGUUGUCAUUGAUGCUCCAAGUGAUAUUACUUUCAAUAAGGGUAUGUGUCUUGGUGCUUCCGAAGCUUCUCAACAAGCCAUUGAUAUUCUCCACAACCAUGUCCAAAGAAGAAUUGCUAGAAAGGCUGAACUCAAGAAGGCUACUCCAAAGAGAUCUAGAUCUGCUAGAAAGGUCUGUAAGAAGGCUGGUUUGAAUAAGAAGCAAAAUCCAUUCGCUUGGAAGUCUUGUGUCAAGGAUGCUAUUCAAUCUGGAUCCAAGAUUGGUUUGAAGAUUGGUCAAAACAUCAAGAAGGUCAAAGUUGCUGAAAAGAAGGUUUUGAAGAAGGAAAUCAAGAAGAAGGCUAAGAAGAUUGUUCGUAAGGAAAAGAAGGCUAUUGAAAAGGCAAAGAAGGAAGCUGACUUGUUGAAGAAGAAGGCCGAUCAAGCUCAAAAGAAGGCAACUCAAAAGAGAGCCAAGUGUGCUAAACGUGCUUCAAGAAAGGCCAGACGUGCUGCUAGAAGAGCAAGACGUGCUGCCAAAAGACUUGCCAAGAAGAAGCAAAUUCUCAAAAAGGUCAAGAAAACCAUUAAGAGAUCUGUUCGUACCAAGAUUACUAUUGUCAAGAACUGGAAGAAAAUCAUCAAGAAGGUUUUGAAUGAUAGAAAGAAGGCCCUCAGAGCUGCUAAGAAGGCAAGACAAGCUGCUAAGAAAGCUAUUAAAGAAGCUUCAAGAAAGGCCAGAAAAAUUGCUGAAGAAAAGAAGAGACAAGCUGAAGAAUUGGCCAGAAAGCUCCAAAGAGAUGCUGAAGCUGCUGCUAAGAAAUUGAGAGAUGCUGUUGAAGCUGCUGCUAGAAAGGCAAGAGAAGCUGCUGAAAGAGCUAGACAACAAGCUGAAAAUGCUAAAUUGGAAGCAACUCGUCGUGCUAGAGUAAAAGCUGCAAGAUUGGCCAAGUUAGCUAGAGAAGCUGCUGAAAGAGCUGCCAAGCAACAAAGAGCUAUCCUUGAACAAAUCCAAAAGCUUGCUAAAUUGGCUGCUAUCAAAAAGGCUCAACAAGAAGCUGAAGCAAAGAAGAGAGCUGCUGAAGCAUUGAGACUUGUUGAAGAAGCCAAGAGAAAGGCUGCUGAAGCUCUUGAACGUGCUAAGGCUGAAGCAACCAGAAGAGCCAUUGAAAUUGCUGACAGAUUAAGAAAGGCUGCUGAAAAGGCUGCUGAAGAAGCUGCUAAAAGAGUCAAGAUGGUUGAAGAAUUGAAGAAGAAAGCCCUUAAGGAUGUUGAAAAGCAAGCUAGAAAGCUCCUUAAUGGUGGUGUUUCCAAGGGAAAGACUGUAUGUUUCAGACUUCCUUAAUUGAAAGUUCUAAAACAUUCCGAAUGUUGGAAAUGUAAAUAUUCAAUUAUUGUAAAAUAAAAUCAUCUAUAAAAAUUAAUGUAAAAAA